CUCGAUCUUUAGCAACUGCUCCAGAAAAUUAGUUGGAAGUAUUUGAGGUCUACGUGAAUCACGUGACGAUCGAGCAUUUCCCUGUCGCAACUCUCUCUCGCGCUCUCUCUGAUUUAGAGGUGUUUCACAGGUAAACCGAAACUAAAGAAACUUUGAGUUCGUCGUGUGAUAAGACUCCAUUUCUGAACGCUAUAAACCAAAGCUUUCAACUUCUGUGUUAUUUAUCGGUCAGUUUGAGAUUGAGAAACCAGAAUGUCUCACACUGUCAUUCCUGUGAACUCUUCGACGCUCGUCAUCCAGUUUCAACCAGCAACACAAACAACGGUGACAAAUGCUCCUCUCCCUGUUUAUGUACAACAGGAGACAGGAGCUUCACCUCUUCAUGGAGUUCAGGCAUUUCUCAAAGGCCAACCGAAAGCCUUUGGGACGGUCCAGAUAACGAUCAGUGUGAUGACUCUGCUGUUUGGCAUUGUGUCUAAACUUUAUGGAGAGUCCAUCUUUGUCCAUGCUGGUAUUCCUUUCUGGGGAUCUCUCAUCUACAUUACUGCAGGCUCACUCUGCAUUGCUGCAGAAAACAAAAUUAAUUCUCCCUCCAGUUUGUGUUUGGUGAAGGCUUCACUGGGAAUGAAUAUUUUCAGUACUAUAACCCAAUGCAAUUACAUUACUUUCACUUCACUUGAUUAUAUUAUAGGUCUACACAUGUCCUGCAGGGGUUAUGACUGUGGUUAUUUAAGAAAUUAUGAGACUGUCUAUAUGGGAAUCAGUGGUGUGUUAUUGUUAUUCGCCGUGGUUGAGUUUAUCAUCUCCAUCUGUCUGUCAACAUUUGCCUGUAAAGCCAUCGCUUGCUGUUGUAGUCCUCAGAUGCAGUAUGCUCAGGUCUCAGCACCACAGUCCUCUGAUUUCAGACCCAUUCGUUUCCAGGAUCUUAACAGCUCAGAGAUACCUGUGACCAGCAGCUCUUCCAUUCCUCACCAUCCUGCAGACGCGCCGCCAGAAUACAGUGAAUGCAAUCAAUAUUAUUAAGUGGACAGUAUUCCCUUAUGAAAACAAAAAAUAUAUGGGAAUGUUUUUAAAAAAAUAUAAUGCAAUUUCUAAAAUAAUACAUUUCCAUACAUGGAAACUAUACUGCAGUAUAUUCAUGGGCCAUGUAUGGCUAUAUAUUGAGCCAUAUAAAAAUAAAUUUUUACAUGUAAUAGCUUUAUUUUAACACUCAAUUUAUCUUUCAAGAGUUAAUGCUUGGGUUUAUAUAUAGUCGAACACAUUCAUAAACUUUUCUGUUACUUUGUUUGCUUUGUUACACAUUUCAUUUAUGAAAAUAUUUGUGAUGUAUGAAAAAAACUGAAAACAAAUAUUAAAGUUUUCUAUUUUUGGAG